AUGCUGCGUCGGGUUGUAACAAGGCUACCUAGACUCGCCAAGCGAGCAGCAUCCACCACCCACUACUUCCAAAAGCCUAGGGAAAACGAUCCAAGGUGGGCAGAAAUCGUAUCGGACGAAGAUGUCUGGACACGUUACGAGGACGAAGUUGACGUAGCAAUCGUUGGUGGCGGCCCAGCCGGCUUAUCAGCUGCUAUCAGGCUCCGUCAGCUCGCAAACGAAGCGGGUUUGGACGCGGAAGAGUUUCGAGUCUGUGUCAUCGAAAAAGCCGCGAACAUCGGAGAUCAUAUCCUCUCGGGUGCUUGUCUUCAGACAACUGCGCUUGAUGAACUUAUCCCAGACUGGAAAGAACGUGGUGCCCCUCUUCACACACCCGUGAAAGAGGAUGAAUUCCAUAUCAUGCUCAACGACCAAAAGUCAAUUAGAGCGCCCUUCCUGGGCAACUCAACUUGGGACUGGAUGACCAAGAACUGGCCGAUGAACAACCACGGCAACUACAUUGUAAGACUGGGCAACGUCGUCGCAUGGCUUGGAGAAAUCGCUGAAGAACUUGGCGUCGAAGUCUAUCCAGGCUUCGCUGCCACCGAAAUUCUUUACAACGAUGAUGGAUCUGUAGCUGGUGUUGCUACUCACGACUCCGGAAUCGCCAAGGAUGGUUCCCCAACUGAUUCCUUCGAGAGAGGAAUGGGCUUCCGCGCCAAGUGUACCAUUUUCUCCGAAGGUUGCCACGGCUCCCUGGGCAAGCAGCUUUACCAAAACCCAGAGUUUAAAUUGCGUGAAAAUUGCGAGCCACAGACUUACGCCACGGGCAUCAAGGAAUUGUGGAAAAUCCCAGCUGAAAAGCAUCGAGAUGGUCUGGUUCUUCACACUGUUGGCUGGCCCAUGGACAAGAAGACCUAUGCUGGCUCUUUUGUCUACCAUUUGACUGAUUGGGGAGCAGAAGAAGCUGAAACCCUCGUCGCUCUUGGCUAUGUUGUCUCUCUCGAUUACGAAAACCCCUACAUUUCUCCUCCCUCUGAAUUCCAGCGAUGGAAGCAUCAUCCUCUCAUUGCUGAGAUGCUUGAGGGCGGCGAGCGACUUUCAUACGGUGCUCGAGCACUCAACGAAGGUGGAUUCCAAGCGAUCCCAAAGCUGACCUUCCCCGGCGGUGUCCUAACUGGGUGUGACGCUGGACUGCUCAACGUGCCAAAGGUUAAGGGAACUCACAACGCCAUGAAGUCUGGCAUGCUCGCGGCUGAGAGCAUUUUCUCCGCCCUUCAAGAUGAAACCCGAGAAUGGAAACAUGAAAGCCUUGACGUGCCAGAGUACGAGACUGCGCUGAAAAACUCAUGGAUCUACAAAGAGCUCAAAGAUGUUCGUAAUGUUCGUCCAUCUUUCCACAACCCUCUUGGAUUCUACGGCGGUCUUGCUUACACUGGCUUCUUCGUCUGUAUGCUCAAGGGAACCUUUGGAAUCGACCUCGAAAAGUGGACCCUGUCCCACGGUGGCGCUGAUCACGAAAAAAUGAAGCCCGCCAAGGACUUCCAGAAGAUUGAGUACCCCAAGCCCGACGGAAAGCUUUCAUUUGAUCUCCUUUCUUCCGUGGCUCUUUCCGGAACUAAUCAUAAUGGUGAUCAGCCAGCUCAUUUAACACUCAAGGACGACGACCUGCGGAGAAAUCUUGAGCUUUUCGAUGGACCUGAAGCUCGAUUCUGCCCUGCUGGUGUCUACGAGUACGUCACCGAUGAAGAAAGCGGAAAGAAAGAACUCGUGAUCAAUGCCCAGAACUGCGUCCACUGUAAAACAUGCGACAUCAAGUGCCCCUCGCAAAACAUUGACUGGCAAUGUCCCGAAGGUGGUGGAGGACCUGCUUACGGUGGCAUGUAA